AUGUUGUCGAAUCAAGAUCUCAGUCUGGUUUUAAUCGUUCUACUGACCAUUACUGCGGUUGGUCAGGCCGCGCCUUCCACUUCAAGGGUGGUCAAUGGUACGGACUCCAGUGUGCUGAAGUAUCCUUUCGUGGUAUCCCUACGCAGCUAUGAUGGAUCGCAUUCCUGCGGAGGAUCCAUUAUUUCCCAACAUUUUGUGAUGACCGCCGCUCAUUGCACCAAUGGACGUCCUGCGGAUACCCUCUCGAUUCAGUUUGGAGUGACCAAUAUAAGUGCCAAGGGUCCGAAUGUGGUGGGCAUUAAGAAGAUCAUCCAGCACGAGGACUUCGAUCCCACUCGCCAAAAUGCCAAUGACAUCUCGCUGCUGAUGGUGCAGGAACCUUUUGAGUUCGAUGGCGUCUCUGUGGCUCCUGUGGAGCUGCCAGCUCUGGCUUUCGCUGUGCCUCAAUCAGAUGCCGGAGUUGAGGGAGUGCUCAUCGGUUGGGGUCUCAAUGAUACCUAUGGAAGCGUGCAGAGCACCCUGCAGGAGGUUUCGCUGAAGAUCUACUCGGAUGAGGAGUGCACCGCCCGACACAAUGGCCAAACUGAUCCCAGAUAUCACAUUUGCGGCGGAGUAGACGAGGGUGGAAAAGGUCAGUGCAGCGGAGAUUCGGGUGGACCCCUCAUCUACAAUGGCCAGCAGGUGGGCAUCGUGUCCUGGAGCGUGAAACCCUGCACCUUGGCUCCCUAUCCGGGUGUCUACUGUAAGGUUAGCGAGUACGUUGACUGGAUCAAACACAACCAAAUCUUAUAG